UUACUUGUUGUGCGGUUCCUCACUAGUUUCUCAGACCUCAACAAGCUGUUUGGACUCAGUUCGGUGGGUUGACACUGACAGUCACAUCUAUCUCUACAGCCUUUUCAUGUAGACUUUUAUUGUACAGGCCUCUUCUUUGUAGAGUUACUGUGACAAAUGCUGAUGUCAAAAUGGCUUUAUAAAUACAUUUCAUUGAUAGAGAGACAUCUGAGACAGCUCAGACUUGCUGGACACACCGCUCUCUGGCAUCAUUUACAAAAUAGUCUCUAACACUCUACUCAGCAAACUGUAUGUAGUCUAUCACAAGGCCAUCCGUUUUGUCACCAAAGCCCCAUAUACUACCCACCACUGCGACGUGUAUGCUCUCAUUGGCUGGCCCUCACUACAUAUUCGUCGUCAAACCCACUGGCUCCAGGUCAUCUGUAAGUCUUUCCUAGGUAAAUUUUUGCCUUAUCUGAGCUCACUGGUCACCAUAGCAACACCCACCCGAUUUCUCUUCUAUUAUGUUAUUGACUGUACGUUUGUUUAUGUGUAACUCUGUGUUGUUGUUUUUGUCACACUGAUUUGCUUUAUCUUGGCCAGGUCGCGGUUGUAAAUGAGAACUUGUUCUCAACCGGCCUACCUGGUUAAAUAAAGGUGACAUUUGUUUUUGCAUGACCCUACUGAGGAAAACAGCAUGUUGAUGUCACAGACCUGCAGGGAGGCUCUCUGCAACGUUGUUAACGCUUGUGCAGAGGAGCUAGAUGGCUUUCCAGUUAUUCUAGUAUGUGGUGCUAAGAAUAUUUGGAAGUCCACCUUCAACCGUCACUUCUUCAGUACCUCACUAAACCACACUGCAAGUGUAGAAUACCUGGAGUGUGACCUGGGCCAGACAGAGUUCACUCCCUCAGGUUGUCUCUCCCUGUCUACUGUUAGAGAGCCACUGCUGGGUCCCCCCUUCACACACCAGUGGGCCCCAGAGCACAUGAUCUUCUAAGAAGAUGGCACCGAAGAACAUGGCUGAUGUUUUACAUUCUCCCAACUAGAGGUCGACCGAUUAUGAUUUUUCAACGCCGAUACCGAUUAUUGGAGGACCAAAAAAGCCGAUACCGAUUAAACGGCCGAUGUUAAAAAAAAUAUAUAUAAAAAAAUAUAUAUAUAUUUUUCAUUUGUAAUAAUGACAAUUACAACAAUACUGAAAGAACACUUAUUUUAACUUAAUAUAAUACAUCAAUAAAAUCAAUUUAGCCUCAAGUAAAUAAUGAAACAUGUUCAAUUUGGUUUAAAU